AUGACUACGAUAUCCACCACGUAUGCUCCGGCAUCGCUGGACGAAAAGCACCACGCCGUCUUCCACCACGAACUGGUGAUCGAACAAGGACCCGAAUAUAGUUAUAAUCCGACGUUUAUACAUUCUCCGGUCGAGACCAUCAGACCACCGCAGCCCCGAACCACUCAGAGUGCACUGCUACUGAAAGCCGCGCGCGAGCAAUAUACGCUGGUCACCGAUCAUACCAUCCCAUCCACGCGGACCAAGGAUGAGAUUCUAGUCAAGAUUCUGGCGAUCGGUCUGAACCCGAUCGACUGGAAGGGCCCGGCGUUCAAUUUCGGCAUUCCCAGUCUACCCUGGGUGAAUGGACGAGACCUUGCCGGCAUCGUUGUCGAGGCAGACGCAUCGGCCCGCGUGCAGCAGGGUGACCUGGUCUUGGUUCCAUCCACCGAUUAUCGCGACAUCCGUAAGGCUGCCUUCCAGGAGUAUGCCGUGGCCACUCAUUUCAACGCAGCACGGAUCCCCUCGAGGGGGUGUGUUCACGCCUCGGCGUCACUCGGCGUUGCCUUUGUGGCCUCCGUGUUGGCACUGGGUGUGUCCCUAGGCCUUGACCUCUCGCAGGCCUCGCCGUCGCCCGGACCCAACUUGGUGGAAGUGGUACAUCAAAUCAGCAGAGAGGAAAUUCCGCUGGAUAUUCAGGAAGAGUGCUUCAAGUCCUCUAAGAAAGCCGAGCAACCGCAGAAGGGUGACUGGAUUGCCAUCUGGGGAGCCUCUACUACGACGGGAUACAUCACACUCCAACUCGCACGAAUGGCCGGGCUCAAAGUCAUCUGCGUCGCCGAUAUUGCCCGACACGGCGCCAAACUCAUUGAGCUGGGUGCAGAUGCCCUCGUCGACCGCCACGAUUCACAACGCGCCGUGGAGAUCAUCCGCGGCAUCACCAACGGCAAGCUACGAUAUGCGAUCGACAUUGUCGGCAAAGAUACUGCGACCAUCUUGGAACAGGCGCUGGAUAACUCGCCGCGGGACGAUGGCUCUCACGCCCAUCUGCUUGGACUGACGGGGUUGCCCAAGGAGAAGGGCGAGAACAUUACGCAUCACACUGUUCCCAUCAAACUAUUCCAUUCGUCGCCGGCCGUGGGCGAGGCCAUGGUAUCCUGGUUAGAGCGACUACUAGACUCCGGUACUCUCCAGCUGCCGGAAAUCGUUCGAGCAGAGGGUGGACUGGCGGGAAUCAACGACUCGUUGGAGAUUCUGCGGCAGGGCACGGCGUCGGGAAAACGCAUCGUCGUCGAUCUGGGGACGCAGUAA